GCGCUUUCCGUCAGUGACUCCGUCUCCGUGCGAUUCUGCUCUUGCCUCAUUUGAGCUUCUUCCUCUGCAUUUCUCCAAUCCAUACUCUCACCUCCCACUCCCACUCCGCACAUCCUCAAUCUCUCCAGUGCUCCCGAUUGUCGAAACAUAUCAAACAUCUCCACCCUCAUGUACAGCUCAUAGCAUCCGCAUCCCGCAUCGCAUCGCAUCGACUUUCCUGCCACCUCGUUACUCCCAGCAUCCAUUCACAUCCGCUCACGAGCAAUCUCCAUAUCCCGUCAACAUCGUUCGUUUGCUGUGGUUGAUACGGAGGAAUUUUCGUCCGUAAAGGACCAGACACCACAAUCAUCAUGCCCGACACGAAUAGUUACUACUCCUCUCCCGUGAGCUCGCCGACGUUCAUGAAGACGCAGCUGCCCUUUUCCUGGUCGAUACCAAACCCACUACCGCGCAGGUUACGACGACGCAUACGCUCCCAAUUCCGCGCAGCGACAUCUCCGGCUUCGAAUAUUGCCGGACUCGAAACCUCCUUCAAUCCAGCAGACACGAUAAAAGCGCUCAAGGCACACAGGUGGUCGGUGUACGAUGGCCAAUAUUUACUGCUCAUUAUUCUGGCCAUAUUCUCUUUGUCCAUAAGUCAGGCACCCGGGCCAAUAAUGAAGACCGCCGCAGCAUCUGCCCUCAUGCUCGCUUUACUCAUGCCAAUCACUCGUCAAUUUUUCCUGCCGGCGCUCCCAAUUCUAUCUUGGGUGUUUCUUUUUUUCAAUGCUCGGUACGUACUUUUGCGUCACAUCUUUUGACUUUUUACGGCACCGAUCGGCAACUGUUAGUAAUCUUCAAGUCUAACCAUCCGUCCCUUAGAUUUAUUCCUGCAGAGUACCGUCCACACAUCUGGGUCAAGGUUCUACCUGCCCUCGAAAAUAUUUUAUACGGGGCCAAUUUGAGCAACAUCCUCUCUGCACACCAAAAUGCCGUACUAGAUGUGCUGGCUUGGUUACCAUACGGAAUUUUACAUUUUGGUGGACCAUUCAUUUGGGCUAUUCUCAUGUUCCUUUUCGCUCCCCCAGGAACAAUCAAUGUCUAUGGUCGGACAUUUGGGUAUUUGAACAUCGUUGGGGUUAUAAUUCAAUUGAUCUUCCCAUGCUCUGCUCCAUGGUACGAGAACAUGUACGGACUUGCACCCGCCAAUUAUUCCAUGGAGGGAUCCCCAGCUGGUCUCGCUCGCAUCGACAAAUUGUUUGGCAUUGACAUGUACACUACGAAUUUCACUGCGUCACCGUUGGUAUUUGGCGCCUUUCCAUCGCUCCACUCUGGUAACGCCGUCUUGGAAGCCUUAUUCAUGAGCCACUGCUUCCCGAAACUACGCCCGUUGGUCAUUGGUUACGCAAUGUGGAUGUGGUGGGCAACCAUGUACCUGUCUCACCACUAUGCGGUCGAUUUGGUAGCCGGUGGAUUCCUUGCUGCAAUUGCUUUUUACAUCGCCAAAACAAACUUCUUGCCAAGAAUCCAAGACGACAAGUUCUUCCGAUGGGACUACGAUUAUGUUGAGCUCGGGGACGCACCAACUGUUGAUGGAUACGAAUAUGGCCUGACAGUUCUCGACCGUGAUUUUCACAACGAUAGUAGCGACGAAUGGACUGUUGGGUCUUCUUCUUCCGUUUCUUCCGGAUCAAGAAGUCCAGUAGACGAGACCGGAUCAUCAUGGGAGGGCGAAACAUUAGCGUCUCAAGUCUCGGACAGCGAACUCAGCGAAGUUGUUGUCCGAUGAUGAUCCCUGAACCCAGGCCAAACAACAUUCUCAACAAGGCCACCUGUUGAGACGAUACCCCUCUUGACGAUUUACGGCAUUUUCAUGUUACGGCGUUUAGCAUAUGAGCGGAUAUGGUUUAAUUCCAACUCAUCACUUUUUUAUUCCUCGACUUCUGGCACAGGACAGGUUUCUCAAAAACCCACUUCACACUUUUCCCACCGACUUGUACAUAAUAUCGCCCUCUUCUUCCAUAAUGACAUAUGGGAUCCGGGGGGCGGGAGCAACGGCGGCGCCUUUUACGCCGGAAAAACCUACGAUUUUAAUCAUGAUUGCCUUGGAAUGACAUCGACCGACCUGGAGAUUCGACGAUCGAUUUGAAACCUCGGCCAAUACUUCAUUUCAGCACUUACUUUUUUUUCUCUUGCAAAACUUCACUCCCUCGCGGGAGAGAUAGAGGCGCCGUUUUUUCUUCUUCUUUUUCUUUCAGAAAUAAAUACUGCUGCACUAUCGCUAGAGUUACCGCCAUUGCCACAAGUGGAUGGAUUGUGCUGGGCUCAAUUGUAUGAAUAUAGAACCUUUUCGACACUCGCUUCGCUGAACAUAGAUUUUUGGCAACAGGAACACCAUAGGGAAGGGGAGAUGGGGGGUGGUUCCUUUUUUGGGUAUUCAAGAGAUGGGGAUGAGAACCACCAGAAGUCAUUUGGUGGGAUGGGAUGAAUUUGUAGAUGAGAUGAAAGAUAAUAGGGAAUGAGGGAAACUUUUUUUUGCUUUUUUUUUCUUCUUUUUUUUUCCACUGGACUGUCGUUCUCCUACUAUCUUUGGUGGAGGAAACUCGAGCGGUGGGAAGGAUGUAAUUAGGGAGGG